GUCUAUCAAGUUCACUUGUCAAGCUAUGCUGCCUGAUAGUAGGGUUAUGAUUGAUAUAUGGAACGAUGACACACUCAUGCAAGUGUUGUCUAUUUUUGAAGAGUUGAGGGUUCUUAUGGUGUAUGUGUCAAAUGUGAAGCAGUUUGACAAUGGUUUUGGUGGUCAUACCAUUAAUGGCUAUCCAUUCAAAGUUGUUGGUAGAGAUAUUCCAAGAAGAAGACAGAGGAAUGAAGUGCAGCCUCCUAGCAUUGGAAUUGGAUCAUUUGUUCAUUAUGAAAGUGGUACAUCUAGAGUACCAAAACCGAUAGUCCAGAGUGCUUGUUGCUCAGGUAUUUCUAUAGGCAGAACUGGUGCAUCCAACAUGAGAUCAAGCGAAGAUGGUAGUGGUACAAUCCCCGGGAUAAUUUCAAGUCAUAGUGAGAAAGGAAAAUCUAUUGUAGAUGUGGUAGAGGUGAUAGAUGAGGCAAAUGAUGUGACUAAUACAUACUCAAGUGGAUGUGAGUAUGUUAUGUCUGACUCGGAAGAUGAAGACUGGAAAAUGCAAAGUGAUGAUGGCUUUAAAGAUAUUAGUAAAAGUGGAAGUGAAGAAGAGGUGCACUUUGAAGAUGGGGAUGGCUCUGAAGGUGAUGAAGCAUCUAUUGGAACUGAUGACUUAUCAGAUUAUGACUCCGAUGAGUUCCAUGCACCACAAGUCCGUAGGGCAAGAAGUGUUUUUGAUGUUGAAGGAAAAGUCCAACUAGAGGAUGGUAUGAUAUUUGAUGAUGUGGACCAUUUUAGGAGAGAAUUGAAAGAUUAUGCAAUCCAAGAGGGUUUUCAUCUUCAGAGAAUAAAAAAUGAGAGGACAAGGGUAACUGUUAUUUGUGCUGAUGAUGGUUGUCAGUGGAGAAUUCAUGCAUCACCGACUGAAGAUAAAAUCACUUUUAUGAUAAAGUCUUUUAAUCCUCAGCAUACUUGUUCUCAAAGAAAAGACAAAAACCCGGAUGCAACAUCAAGAUGGAUUGCUAACAAACUUGGUCCACAACUCAAAGCAGAUCCUGAGUUGUCUACUAAUAGUAUUAGAGCCAUGUUAUGGAAGGAUUAUAAGAUUCAACCAAGUUACAGUCAGAUUUGGAGGGCACGUCUUCUUGCAAAAGAAGUAAAUGAGGGUAGCCAUGCCAAGUCGUAUUCCAAGCUUCCAAGGUAUGGAGAGACGGUUAGGCAAAUCAAUCCAGGUUCAAUGUUUAAUCUUCAAUUCAUUUCAAGAACUAACAUAGCCGACAAUCCAGUGUUUAAAAGGUGUUUUGUUUGUUAUGAAGCAAGCAAAAGAGGGUUUCUUAAUGGUUGUAGGCCAUUUAUUGGGUUGGAUGGAUGCCAUCUGAAGGGAAAGUUUGGAGGGACACUAUUGGCAGCUAUUUCUGUUGACGGGAACAAUGGAUUAUUUCCACUUGCCUAUGCUGUUGUUGAAUCUGAGUGCAAAGACAGUUGGUUGUGGUUCCUUCAGAAUCUGUAUACUGCAUUGUAUUCUACAUCAGAUGACAUGGGGUAUUUAACUUUCAUGUCAGAUAAGCAAAAUGUGCCUUCUUAUCAAUUUCUCUUUAAAUGUUUUUACUUCUUUUUUUUAUAUCAAUUGCUGAUUUCUGAUUUUUUUUUUUUUUUUUUUUUUUUUUUUUUUCUUAUUGGGUGUGUAGGGGUUAACUGAUGCAAUUAAGGAGGUUUUCCCUGAAUCACAUACAAGGCAU